AAGCGACUUCCUAGGAAGUCGCUUCAACACGAUUAAUCCACCUAAGUCAACAGCGCCGCUCGCAUCGCAUACCGCAUACACUGAGAUUAUAUUCACAACGCACCAUUGGUGUGUAACGUAGACUUCGCCUGAUUAAGCACAAUUUUCCGGAAAUUCCACUAGGGAAACUGUCUUUUAUUUGGUGCUCUCCGUUCUACCCUUGCGUACGUUAGAGCUUGGAGCUACCUGGCAAGCCUAGGCUCCGUUCCAUGUAGGUAAUACAAGUGUAUACGAACAACAACCACCGCGUCGCCUCACUCCCACACCCCGUGCCAUGAGUAUUUUAACUAGUCGCCAAGCUGAUGAGCUACACAAGUCGAUCAUUGCAUAUCUGACCGCAAAUCGGCUAACAGCCGCGGCAGCGGCUCUUAGAACAGAACUGAACCUCGAUGAAAAUGAGUUCGACCCUGCCACCGCCGACAAAUACAAGGGAUUACUAGAGAAAAAAUGGACGAGUGUUGUUCGGUUGCAAAAAAAGAUAAUGGACCUUGAGUCAAGAAACGCCGCAUUACAAUCCGAGCUCGACAAUGCAACGCCCGUAUCCCUCUCGAUGCGUAAUAAGGAUCCAUCGUCUUGGCUGCCCAACUCACUUCCCCGGUACACUCUCGAGUCGCAUCGAAGCACAAUUAACUGCAUCACUUUCCAUCCAAUCUUCUCUGUGCUGGCAACCGGCUCUGAUGAUUAUACAAUCAAGAUAUGGGAUUGGGAUACUGGUGAACUUGAGAGAACAAUCAAAGGACACACUAGAGCCGUUUUAGAUAUGGAAUAUGGUGGUCCCAGAGCUAGCACACUUUUAGCAUCUUGCGGUUCAGACUUGACUAUCAAGCUAUGGGAUCCAGCGAACGACUACAAAAAUAUUCGAACGUUGCCAGGCCACGACCAUAGCGUAAGCGCUUUACGGUUCAUACCUGGUUCUGCUAAUUUACUAGUUAGCGCGAGUAGAGACCAGACGUUGAAGAUAUGGGACGUUAUCACUGGGUUCUGUCUAAAAACGCUCAGGGGACAUACUGGUUGGGUUCGAGAUGUAUUUCCAUCCUUCGAUGGUCGCUAUCUUCUGUCUUCUGGAGACGAUAUGACGGCACGUUUAUGGGAUAUCUCAUCUACUACCCAAGCCGAAAGUAAGGUAACCAUGUUCGGCCACGAACACCAUAUCGAGUGCUGUGCGAUUGCCCCUCCUGCCGCAUACAAAUAUAUUGCCCUGGCUGCAGGACUGAAAAAACCGCCGCCAACCAGCAGCUCAGCCGAGUAUAUGGCCACCGGCUCCAGAGACAAAACGAUACGUCUAUGGGAUGCCCGCGGCACCUGCAUUUUGUCUUUGGUUGGCCAUGACAACUGGAUACGUGCUCUUGUCUUCCACCCCGGUGGCAAAUACCUUUUAUCAGUGUCUGAUGAUAAGACAUUGAGGUGCUGGGAUCUGAACCAGGACGGACGAUGUAUUAAGGUCAUCGGAGAGCCGCAUGACCGAUUCAUUACCUCACUGCAGUGGGCACCCAGUGUUGUACGAAAUGCAGAGCAUAUAGUAUCCGCCGCUGAGCAGCCCCAAGAUGAGGAACUGAGUAGUAAGAUAGUCCCUUAUGCUACAUCUAAAGAUAGAAUAGCAGGAGGUAAGCCCGGAGACGUACAGAUUCGCUGUGUAGUUGCUACUGGAGGGGUAGAUUGUAAGUUGAGGAUUUUUACAAAUUAAGCGACUGCCAACUUAGUAGAUAGCAAUUAUGACCAAGUGUGUUUCAUUAUCAAGAGUUCGUAGUACAAGGGGAUGUAUAUAUUACCGGUGUCGCAUGUAACUCUCUGUUUUAUAGUUACUAUAUUUGCGUGUUCUUUGUUCCAUAGGUUAUGAGAGUAUUAAAAUGAACAAUGCUACCUAGGUAGUUGUAGGGCCUGUUCUCUCUGCUCUCUCAAGUGGCCAACGGGUAGGAG